CGUUUUCGGUCACUCUCUGUCUGGAUUGUGAAAGGUUUUGAGCUCGGCAGAUGAUGAUGAUGGUGCAUAUAGCAAUGAAUGAAUGAGCCAUGCCAUGCCUUCUUCACCUCCUCAUUAAUGAUACUCGUAAUCACUGCUAGCUUUAAUUUUCUCUCACUGUUCCUUUCCCUUCCCCGCACCCGCACGCUUCUUUUUAACUCACGCUUUUAAUCUGUUUAAUCCACCUAUCCUCUCCCCCAUUUGCAUCUGCUUCUCAAGAUCUGACUUUCGACGACGAUUCGAUUGGGGCCCCCCUCCACCAGUCAACUUUUUCACUCUUUUCCAGGUUAGAAAUGUCGAAUUUGGAUUCUGAGGAAUUUAUCAAGCAGUUUUACAUCCCAAGAUACAUAUUCGAGCCAGAAUUGGAGCCCAAGAACUUUCCCGAAAUACCAGAAUGUCCUGUUCUGGUAUUUAUCAACUCUAAAAGUGGUGGUCAGCUUGGUGGAGAUCUUCUCACCACAUUCCAGUCUAUACUUCAUGAGAAGCAGGUUGUAAAUUUAGCAGAAGAAGCUCCUGAUAGAAUACUGCAUAGUCUUUUCCUCAAUCUUGAAAGGCUCAAGAAUGAUGAGGAUAACAUUGCUGCAAAACUGGAGGAGAACUUGAAAAUAAUUGUUGCAGGCGGAGACGGGACGGCAGGAUGGCUUCUAGGGGUGGUUUCUGAUCUAAAAUUAUCUCAACCGCCUCCAAUAGCAACAGUGCCUUUAGGAACUGGAAACAAUUUGCCAUUUGCGUUCGGUUGGGGAAAGAAGAAUCCAGGAACUGAUCGUAAUUCUGUGCUCUCAUUCUUAGAUCAAGUGAAGAAAGCAAAAGUAAUGAAAAUAGACAGUUGGCAUAUUCUCAUGAGAAUGAGAGCACCAAAACAAGGCCCCUGCGAGCCAAUUGCUCCUCUAGAAUUGCCACAUUCAUUGCAUGCAUUUCAUCGGGUUUCUUCAACAGAUGAUCUCAAUGUGGAAGGAUACGAUACAUACCGUGGAGGAUUUUGGAACUAUUUCAGCAUGGGAAUGGAUGCACAGGUAUCUUAUGCAUUCCAUUCUGAGCGAAAGAUGCAUCCAGAAAAAUUCAAAAACCAGCUAGUUAAUCAGAGUACCUAUGCGAAGCUUGGAUGCUCACAAGGAUGGUUUCUUGCUUCCCUCUUUCACCCUUCUUCAAGGAACAUAGCACAACUCUGCAAGGUUAAGAUCAUGAAACAGCAUGGCGAAUGGUGUGACCUCCAUAUUCCUCACAGCAUCAGGUCAAUUGUAUGCCUUAAUUUGCCAAGCUUUUCUGGUGGACUAAAUCCUUGGGGAACUCCUAAUAGAAACAAGCGUCGUGAUAGAGAAUUAACUCCACCUUUGGUUGAUGAUCGCCUGCUCGAGAUUGUUGGUUUUAGGGAUGCUUGGCACGGACUAGUUUUACUUGCUCCAAAUGGGCAUGGAAGACGCCUUGCUCAGGCGCAUCGAAUUCGAUUUGAGUUCCAUAAGGGUGCAACCGACCACACAUACAUGAGGAUUGAUGGGGAGCCAUGGAAACAGCCUCUUCCCGCGGAUGAUGAUACAGUUGUAGUGGAAAUUUCUCAUCUUCGACAAGUGAAGAUGCUGGCAGUUCAUGGGUGUAGAGCUAAAAGUGUUGCUGAUUGCCACAACUUGUCAUCUUCUGUAGGUGAGGGUGAGGACGAUGUUGAUGAUGGGAGGGACAGCGACGAAGAUGAUUCGGUGGGGGAAGAGUGGAAGAAAUUUGGUGCAGCAGAGACGUUCAAGAUCCCUGAUGGGAUUGACAUUUCUCAUCUCAGUUGAAUUAAACAUGGAGUGUCGUGUGCAUAUACAUAUAUUUAAUCAUAAUCUGAAAGAUUCGAUACACAUUACCGAAUGGAUGAAUUAUGAUGGAUCAAAGUGGUUGAGAAUUGUGAGGAUUUGUUGUAAGAAAGAACCUGUAUUUGGAGGUCCUAUGGUCCAAUUCUUCAUUUGUGAACUUCGUGUUCCUCUCCUCCUAUGGCUUUAAGAUCUGAUCUGGGACCUGAAGCAUGAACUUCUCUUUUCAUAAUAGAGGAAUAUCUUUUUUUAACUAACA